CUUGGAAGCUCAUGAGUGUAAAUCUGGGAUUUGUUUGACGAAGAUGGACAGACCAUCAUCGAUCGAAACAUCUUAAAGCAUUUGUUCAGCCUUAAUCUCCUCCAUCGCAAUAGGUGGGCAUGGCCUCGCACCCUCCUCACUGGCCAAUUAUGGGCGAGCUGCGUUUCUUCAACUCCACACCGCCGGUGCGUCAUCCUCUUACAAGCGCCUGCAGGGCCGAGCGUAGCGGCGCGUGAACGGGAUCUCAACGGACCCAAAGUGAUCCAGCGAACAGAGGAAGAAGACCUGCUCAGGAGGUGAGGAGGAACACACUCAGCUUGUAAACUACGAGGAACCCGGACUGGAUUUGAGCCACGCAGUUGUCUCCAUACACAGGCUAAUAACGAACGCAUGACUGUGCAUACUCCACUCAGACUGGAGAAUUUCUAAUGAAGGGAUUUCGCUCUAUUCAGUGGUCAUGGCAUAAUGAUUCAUCGAGGACCUCUCCACCCUUGACCUCCUUAACAGAAAGUAAAGAUGCAACUUUUCUUUCUAUCUAACUUGGUCGCAUCCUAGACAUCAUCUGUUGCUGCAGCAGGUUUCAUUAAAAGCCCGAGCAGAUUGUAAAGCUCUUCAAAUCACUCAAGACAGUGCAUUUCAUCUGGACUGACUGUAGCGUGAAUGUGCGUGGUGGAUUCCUGUAACUGUUCAUAUUGUCAUUUUAGCAGGAAAAUAUGGAGAGACUAAGAUUGUCUAAUCGAAGAUCGCUUCUACGUGUUGGUUUCUGAGAGCUGUCACUUCGAGAUGCCGUGUUUCUUCGCUUGCCGGUUCACUGUCCUCCCUCUGAAGUAGACAUUUCGGCUCAGGUGACGGAUAGUGUGGACGCGGCGGAGUCACGCUUCCAUCGAAUUGACUAAUUUACGAUGAUGGUGGAGGACGAGGAGCUGGAUGCGCGUGCACUUGACCUGGACGCGGACUUAGAGCCGCGCAGCCGGCCGCGCUCGUGCACCUGGCCGCCGCCGUGUCCCGAGGACUUCCCCGCGGCCGCAGAGCUCAGCGCAGCUCCUUGUCCCCUGCUGAAGACGGAAGCCGAGAUCGGGCCGCCGUGCAGAUCAGGGAGGAAGAGUGGGAACCCCGCCGAGGUGAAGCGGGAAGCCGGAGUCGCGCCGUUGCCGUGUCUGAGCGGCGCUGCACUCGAUGUCGCCGGGCAGCUGCGCAAAGCCAAGUCCUCACGACGCAACGCGUGGGGGAACCUGUCAUACGCGGACCUGAUCACCCGCGCCAUCGAGAGCACGCCCGAGAAAAGACUCACCCUGUCGCAGAUAUACGAUUGGAUGGUGCGAUACGUACCUUAUUUCAAGGAUAAAGGAGACAGCAACAGCUCGGCCGGAUGGAAGAACUCCAUACGCCACAAUCUGUCACUCCACACCCGCUUCAUCCGGGUGCAGAAUGAAGGCACGGGGAAGAGCUCCUGGUGGAUGCUGAACCCUGAAGGGAGUAAGGCUGGGAAAGCUCCCCGACGACGGGCAGUCUCCAUGGACAACGGCACCAAGUACCUGAAAUGCAAAGGCCGUGUUAACCGCAAGAAGGUGCUAGGUAGAGCAGUGGUGGGCACAGUGGGGCAGGGAUUUCAUGGCUCCCCAGAGCAGACUAGUCCAACAGGGAAGCCUGUCACAGGAGCAACAGGUGUUGGGGAGGAGUUUGAGGCAUGGACUGAGCUCCACUCUCGGACUAGCUCUGCAGCCUCCACACUGAGUCUGUCACCCAUUAUGGCAGAGGAGGAGUUAGAAAACCCAGAGGAGGGUAGGUUGUCCUGCUCCACUUCCCCUCACAUCUACCCCAGUCCCUCCAGCACUCGCUCACCUGUGGCUCAUUGCCCACCUGUGGAACUGCCACAGCUAGCGGACCUCACCGGAGCCAUCAGCUUGGAAGAAGGUUACCACCACCAACAGCCCCCAUGCCACAAGCGCCCUCCCUACCACUACAGCAGUGGGUCAAAAGUUCAGGGCUCCUACAAUAGCCCAGCCUAUGGACAAGCAGGCAUGGGUAUGCUGUGCCACCAAACACCAUUGCAGACCAUCCAGGAAAACAAGGCCUCCAGCUUUUCUGGCAACAUACAGACUUACUCAGGCACAAACACUCUGAGUCUACUUAGUGGAGGGUCACAGUACUGUGCUAAGGACAUGAUACUUGGCCAGGAGCAUGAGCCCAUGAUGGUUCCUUCCAGCAGUAGGGUAGGCAACUGUCAUAGCCAUAACUCUGGGCACACCCACAAUAGCGCACAUGAUCAUAACCCUGCUCACAGCCACAACAGCACCCACAGUCUCAACCAAUCACACAGCCACAGCUCUGGUUCAAGCAUAGCCAACAACCCCACUCACAGCCACAGCAUGAAUCACAGCAUGAGUCACAGCCUGGGCCAGAACCAUCAGCCUCAAAGCCAUGCUGUUCAUGCUCACACCAUCAGUGGCCACAUGCAGUCAUACAGCCAUAAAGCUCCAUACCUGUACAGUCCUCCAGCCCAUGCACACCUUCCUGCCUCAACCACACUGCCCCCAAACCCUGCUGGCAUGCAGGGCAUCUCUCAGGACUCUUGCCAUCUAGCUACUGCACCACACCCUCACCCCCGCUACAGUGCCACGUACCCAGGCCCACACCAGCAGGCAAUGGCUGAUGGACCAUACCAUCAAGCUCAGGGAAUGGGGGGAGGAGGCAGUGGUUACCAAGGGUACCACCACCCCCAUCACGGCUACCCUCAUGAGCGGCUACCAGCCGACCUAGAUCUGGACAUUUUCCAUGGCAGCCUGGACUGUGAUGUCGAGUCAGUUCUCCUCCAUGACAUGAUGGACUCGACAGAGGAGAUGGACUUUAAUUUUGACUGCUCUCUGGCGCAGGGGAUGGGUGUUGGAAUUGGCAUGGGCAUGAGCAUGGGACUCACAGGCCCACAACAGAGCCACAGUAACCAGAGCUGGGUGCCUGGCUAAGAUGCCAUGCUUUCCAGUGGACAUUAUAAGAGAUCAAACUACCUUUAGGCCUGCUUAGCGCAGGGCGCACCGCUUCCUUUCCAGGGAGAUGCACUGUGCGUGACAAAACUCAAGAUCAAAAACCAUUGUUUCAGUUUCUAAGUUCUGUCUUACUCUGCCUGCUCAUCUCUCUGUUUUUUUUUCUGAAAUUGCCCUCUGUUAGACUCUUUCUGCUUAAUGUUAACUCUUUGCUCUUGCCGAAUGAACCGUGAUGACAAUCUCAACUGUGUUACCCAACAUUGCCUUCUUCUUCAGUCAAAACUAAAUGCUUGAGCACUUUAACUGCGUAAAACAAAUCCAUUUCUUACCCUCAAAAUGGUGAGUUGGCCCCUGGAUGGCAGGAGCUGUAGCUGGCAUGUUUCAUACCCUUAUGGGGCCAGUAUGCAUAAAAAUUAAACAGAAUUGUUUAUUCAAAGAGAGGUUAUUCAGCUUGCAUGAUAAACCAAUUGAAAAGUCCAAAAUUUUCAAGUGGAUGGAAAUUCUGAUAGUUACAUUUCUGAAUGACCUUUUGGACAUCACUUCUAUUGGAAUAAAAACAAGCAGGCAGUGAUUCCUGUUUUCUCCCCCCUCUCUCCCUCUAAUUCUCUCAGUGAGAGAUUAUGUUAGAACUCACUCACCUUCUUUUCUCACCGAUAGGUUCAGCUCCCCUGCCAGCCCAGACUGGCCCAUCAUCCUUCACUGGCCCAUUAACGGCUUGAUUGAAAUUCAACGUCCUUAUUUUUAAUCUCCAAAGUGAUGCUGCAGUGAUGCAUCAUUAUUGCAGAUUGAAUACC